GGUUGUGGCAGCGAACUUCCCAUUUUAUCCUUUUCUAUUUGUAGCCGGUGCCACGCCCUCCCGACUCGUCAGGAUAAAGUUGAAGUGUCGUCCAGCCUGCGACAUUUUUACAGCCGAGGGGUCAUUGGAGAGCAACCUGGUGACUUUCAGCGAUGGCUGGAUGCUGUGUUUCAGCGGAGGAGAGAGAGAACCAGAGGAUCAACGAGGAGAUUGAGAAGCAGCUGCGGAGGGACAAGAAGGACUCUCGCAGGGAGCUCAAGUUGCUGCUUUUAGGCACUGGAGAGAGUGGAAAGAGCACCUUUAUCAAACAAAUGAGGAUUAUCCAUGGAGGAGGAUAUACAGACGAGGACAAGAGGAGCUAUGCCAAGCUGGUGUACCAGAACAUCUACACGUCCAUGCAGACAAUGGUCCGAGCUAUGGAGACUCUUGGUAUAUCUUUCACUGAUCCCCAGAACCAGAGCCAUGCCAGCGCAGUCCUGGAGGUGGAGGUGGAUAAGGUGGAGGACUUAGAUAGCAACCUCGCCAUGGCUGUCAAGAGUCUGUGGAACGAUCCUGGAAUACAGGAGUGCUAUGAUCGGCGCAGGGAGUACCAGCUGUCUGACUCCACCAAAUACUAUCUCACAGAUCUGGAUCGGAUUUCACAGCCCUCAUACAUACCCGACCUUCAGGACAUCCUCAGAGUCCGAGUCCCAACCACUGGUAUCAUUGAAUACCCCUUUGACAUGGAGAAUGUCAUUUUUAGGAUGGUUGAUGUGGGUGGUCAAAGAUCAGAGCGGAGAAAGUGGAUCCACUGCUUUGAGAACGUCACCUCCAUCAUUUUUUUGGUGGCACUCAGCGAAUAUGAUCAGGUCCUGGCUGAGUGCGACAAUGAGAACCGCAUGGAGGAGAGCAAAGCCCUGUUCAAGACCAUCAUCACCUACCCCUGGUUCCAGCGCUCAUCUGUCAUACUUUUCCUGAACAAGACCGACAUCCUCAAGGAGAAGAUCAUGUACUCUCACUUAUCCACCUACUUCCCUGAAUUCACAGGACCUCAGCAGGAUCAAGUAGCAGCUCAGGAAUUCAUCUUGAAAAUGUACCAAGAACAAAACCCGGACAAGGACAAGACGUUGUAUUCUCACUUCACCUGCGCCACAGACACAGAAAACAUCCGCUUCGUCUUCGUGGCCGUCAAAGACACCAUCCUCAGGCACAACCUCAAGGAGUUCAACCUGGUGUAGAAAGGUUGCAUACAGCACAGGAGCAAAUGCAUACAAGAGAAGACCUGAGUAAAGCCGAAAUAGAAAAGAAUCUAAUUAUCAAUCAAGCUUAAACCAAAAAAAAGAAAUUUGAAAUUGUUUCAUUUCUAACAAGGGAGAUCCAAAAAAGAGAGACUACAAAUAUCCUGUACCAGACAUACUAACGUGAAAUUGUGUGUAGAUGCUUUAGUUUCCCUUGUAGUUUUUUAGUAUUUGCUGUAAAUGAUACUUUACAGUGGAAAUGAGAAAGUGAAAAUUAGUAGCAAGUAACUGACCCGUUGUGUGAACUACUUAUUUAAAUAGACAUAUGAUCUGAGUGCUUUAAUGUAUGUAAAUGUAUCCCCAUGUAAUAGUUUGAUAAGGAUGCUCUUUAGCCCGGUUUUGUGAUUUCAUAAUGUUUAGAAAUGGUUGCUCUAACACUGAGACGCAUGUAAGUGCCUUAUUUACUCAGGACAGUCAGCAGAGCCACGGAGUUCAUAGAGUGUCAGAUGUAAAUAGUCUGAGAUGUGCUUUAGGAAAAAAAAAUACACAACUGUUUCC